AUGCCGAUUGGAUUCCAGCAGAUCCAGAAUGAGGAGGAGGAUGCGGAUGCGCCGCCCCCCCCCGGGCUGACCCCCACCCUGGCCAUGGCGGUGGGGACGGCGGUUUUGGGGUCACUGCAGGUCGGAUACCACGUGGGGGUCAUCAACGCACCCCAAAAGGUCCUGGAAGAUGAAUACAACACGACGUGGACGCAGCGCUGGGGGGAGCCGCCCCCCCCCACGACCGUCUCCACCCUCUGGGCUCUGUCGGUCGCCAUCUUCUCCGUGGGGGGGAUGAUGGCGUCGCUGAUGGUGGGCGUGGUGGCUGAGCGCCUCGGCAGGAAGCACGCCAUGAUCGCCACCAACGCCUUGGCCUUUGUGGGCGGGGCCAUGAUGGGCGCGGCCAAGUGGGGCCCCUCCUACGUCCUCAUCAUCAUUGGUCGGUUCCUGCUCGGCGCCUACUCAGGGCUGGUCUCAGGGCUGGUGCCAAUGUACGUGGGGGAGAUCGCCCCCACCCACCUACGGGGGGCUCUGGGGACCCUGCAUCAAUUGGCCGUCGUCAUCGGCAUCCUGGGGGCACAGGAUGGGAUUCCACCCCCAUAG